AUGUAUUAUUGUCAAAUGAUGUACUUUGUUUCCACAGUAUACGGAAAUAGUGAAAAAAAAGACUUCAUAACACUGAUUCUAGAAACAGAAUUUUAAUUCUGAACACUUUCAGUUAUGUUUCGGAAGAGGAAGACAAAAAGACUUCGCACUCUUGCAGUACCUGCAUUAGAUAUAAAUGCCGUUGUCACAGAUGAGGACAGAGAGGUAACAUUCUCCAAGCAGUCAGUGGACUGUGAAAACAAACCAGAAGACUCAAGCCCAGUUGCCAGCUAUUCUUUGGAUGAAAGUGAGAAGGGACUCCAGGCAGCUUCAGAAGGUCCAACUGUGGAAAUUCUUUUGGAAAAGAUAAAAUCUCUAGAGGAAGAGCGUGACUUUCUAAGACGCACACUUGGAUCUGUUUGUGGCAAAGAAAAGAAAAAGAAGAAGAAAGACACUAGUAGUGACAGUGAUGAGUUACCCUCUUCAUCAUCUUCAUCGUCCUCCCUAUCAUCAUCAUCAUCUGAAGAUGAAAGAUGUCACAAAAAAAAUCCAAAAAGAAGAAACCCCCCCCAAAAAGGUCAAGAUCUACAUUCUCCUGUUCAACUGUGAGAGCUAAGUCUCCAGAAGACGUUCUAAAGAGAUACAAAAAAGUUCUUCGAGCAUACAAUAAGGAAGGAAGCAUGACAAGAGCUUUCACAAAGGUUGGAGUGGACAGAAACACUCUUGCCCUCUCUGCAGUUAUAGCUGAGAUUCAAAUUGUUGAUCCAGAAUUUUACCGCUCCCUCCCCCAAUUCCAGCCUCAGCAAGAGAAGCUUUUUGAAUUUGCUCAGAGGUGCUCGGAGGCCCUGACCACUGAAGUGAAAGCUUCAAUUUUCUCGGCAAAACAAAGUGGAAAACUCUUGCCAAUUAAAUACAAAUUUCGCUAAAUGCUUAUUAUUUUGAGGUUUUUUUUUUCAUCUAACGUAUGGUUUCCUGUGUUACUGUAUAUCUAAAGAAAUGUGUUUAAACCAUAUUGUGUGACCUUUUUUGUUUGUUAUAUUUUCUCAAAAUAAUUCUAAUUUUGUAAAAGUUUCCUAAAUACACUGUUUCAGUUUAUCUGAAAGUUACAAUAAAAAUAACUGAAUUAAAACUUG